AUGAAUACGUACCACAUCUCCAUGAGUUCGAACGUCAUGUCACAAAGUCGCCAAUUCGUCGAAUUAUUCUCAUUCUGCAAUUCGAGCAAACGAUUUAGAAAUAGAAUAGAUCCAACCAGGUUUCAGAUCCAACCUCGGAGAAAAAUGGUUAAAAAUUCAGUAAAUUCAGAGGAUUUCUCCGAUUCAGGAAAAGUUGGAAAAAAUGCAUACACAGGAGGAGUUGAAUCUACAAGAUGGCAAUAUAAUGGAAAUGAACUCGAGGUGAAUCAGCUUGAAAUUGAAGAAGAUGAUAUUGGUCUGAAGAAGAUCGGUGUUGGUGCGGGGUUAGUCCAAUACUUAAUAUGUCGACUUCCAGGAAUGCGUAGGAAGAAACUUCCAAAGAUUGUUUCAAAUGCAGUUGACAAUUUAAGCAUCUGGGCAUUGGCGACUUGUGGGUUUUUAUGGACAAGUUCAACAUGCAUGGUUUUUUCAUUGCUACCUGUAUUUUUGCACUCCGAACUUGGAUUCAGCAACACUCGAAUAGGUGCUGUAGAAGGUUUUGCACUUGUUGUAUCAAAUUUUAGCAGAGUCUUUAGCGGUGUCUUGUCAGAUAUGUUGAAAUCUCGUGUCAAAGUGAUUGCUGUUGGUAGUGUCAUGACAGCUAUGAUGAAAUUAGUGCUCGCAAGUGCAUUAUCUGUGCAAUGGGUUGUGAUGGCAAAGCUUCUCGACAGAUUUGGGAAAGGGAUCCGAGCUGCUCCAACUGAUGCAUUAAUUGCUGAUCUAUCUCCGCGUCCAAAACGUAGCAGUUCUUAUGGUUUACACCAAAGUAUGACAACAUUGGGUGGAGUUUUAGGAUCGAUUGCGGCCGUUGUUUGCAUGAAAUUAUCACAAAACAACUUCCGUGCAACAUUCACUGCCGCUUCAGUUCCUUCUAUUUUUGCCAUAGUUAUUUUAUUAUCUUAUGUGAAAAAUCCUCAGAGAGCAAUGAAAAAACCAAAUUAUACUCCUCGCCCUGGCCGAGGUCGUGGUUUACCGAGCUGGAGGCGUCACGCUCGUGGACCACUUGCAAUGCCGCAUCUUCGUGCAAGAUGGAGGCGUAUAGAGUGCCGUGAUACGAGUAGGGAUGUUGCAUGGCAUCAUAGACAGCGAGCCUGGAAAAAUGUUCGAGAGUGGUUACUACAAAUUCAAAAACGAGCAGUUGUUGUGGCUCCUUUUUUAGAUCAAGUCGUUGAAGGUUUAGACGAUGGAGAAUUUUCUCCAAGGAGCACAGUUCAGCUAAAACGAACACCUUCUGGAACAAUGAUAAAAAAGGUCGAUAGAGAAGCUCAGCAACAUAAGGAUACUCAAGCGCUCGGCUCAGAAGAUCUGCAGGAGCGAGCCUAUAUUUGGGCUGAUGACCCGUGGGCCGACGAAGAAAAGAGCCGAGCAACUUCGAGUGGAGAUAGAACAAAAAAUGUGAAAAAAAGUAGUGACAUGAUAGUUGGCUGGGGGGAGUGGAGCUGGAGUUGGUCUGAAGCUGUUCAGCUUCCCAGGGAAUUCUGGCGAGCUCUCUUUGUUUUCUCUAUUCUAAAGGUAGCUCGCUUUAGUGAAGCUUUCGUAACUUUGCAUGCUCGAGCAAUCGGGAUGCAAGUUGCAUACUUGCCAAUACUUAUGUUUGCAACAAAUAUAGUUCAGUCAAUUCUUACGUAUCCAUUGGGAGUCAUAGCGGACAAAGGCGAUUUAAAUGGAGCAUCCGGUAGAAAAUUCAUGCUCCUUGGCGGUUUUGCAGUCAUGGUACUUGCAGAUAUUGUACUAGUACUUGCUAAAGUUCCAUGGCAUGUUUUUGUUGGCUAUCUAAUUGUUGGUGUUCAUAUGUCAAUGACGCAAGGAAAUAUGAAAGCUGUUCUUUCUGCAACCAUGCCACCGAAUGUUCGUGGAACAGGUUUUGCCAUUUCAGCUUUAUCCCAGGGUUUAGCACUUGGACUUGGGAACUAUAUGGCAGGUUUUCUUUGUGAUUUGCUCGGAAGUAGCGGGGCAUUCUGGGGAGGCAUGUGCUGGAGUAUAUUUGCACUCGGUUCUGGCUGGCUUUUACUAUAG